AUGGCACCGAUUGAACAAGAUGUGGAAAUGAAGAACGUCGACAGUCCUGCCGCAGCUAGUGAUGCCGAUAUGAAUGAAGUUAAAAAGGACGCCGAUGUUAUUACUGUCCAAGACUUAAGGGAACAUGUAAGGCAGAUUGACAAAGCAGUGACUUCAAAGGAACCAAGAUUUGCUUUGAGAGUCCUGCGAUCUUUACCAGGUACACGAAGAAAGUUAAAUGGAAAUGUUUUACGAGCUAUUAUUAAUCAACUUUAUCCUCCUGGUACUGAAAAAGAAUCUUUGAUGGCUUUUGUUGAAAGUCCGCAACCAGGUGCUGUAGAGAUUGAAGCACCAAGAACUAGAAGUGCUACUAAAAUUCCAGUACCUGAGGUUGAUGUUUAUAUCCAUCUUUUGGUGUUAGUUCGUAUGCUUGACACAAAUAGAUUGGAAGAAGCAACAGAGUGUUCACAACAAUUAAUUUCUAAAGUAACAGCUCAGAAUAGGCGAACAUUAGAUCUAAUUGCAGCAAAAUGCUACUUUUAUCAUUCUCGAGUUUUUGAACUAACUAAUAAGCUGGAUCUUAUUCGAGGCUUGCUUCAUGCUCGUCUUCGUACUUCUACCCUGCGCAAUGAUUAUGAAGGCCAAGCUGUCCUAAUAAACUGUCUGUUGAGAAAUUACUUACAUUAUGCAUUAUAUGACCAGGCAGAUAAACUAGUCAGUAAAUCUGUUUUUCCUGAAAAUGCAAGUAACAAUGAAUGGGCAAGAUUCCUUUAUUAUCUGGGCAGAAUAAAAGCUGCCCGACUUGAAUACAGUGAUGCUCAUAAACAUCUUGUACAGGCACUGAGAAAAGCUCCACAAACUGCUGCUGUUGGAUUCCGCCAAACUGUACAAAAACUUGCAAUUGUUGUUGAAUUGCUUUUAGGAGAUAUCCCUGAAAGAGCUAUAUUCAGGCAGGCUCAGCUGAGAAAGGCUUUGGCAUCCUACUUUCAACUAACACAGGCAGUAAGAUUGGGUAAUUUGCAGAGAUUUGGUGAAGUUUUAGAAAACUAUGGCCCUCAAUUUCGUACAGACCACACUUUCACUUUAAUCUUACGUUUGAGGCAAAAUGUCAUUAAGACUGCAAUAAGAUCUAUUGGUCUUUCUUAUUCACGAAUUUCACCAAAAGAUAUAGCUAGAAAACUGGGGCUUGAUUCUGCAGAAGAUGCAGAAUUUAUUGUGGCUAAGGCUAUAAGGGACGGAGUUAUUGAAGCUACUAUUGACCCAGAAAAGGGAUACAUGAGUAAUAAGGAAAGUUCUGAUUUAUAUUGUACACGGGAGCCCCAGUUAGCAUUCCACCAGCGCAUCUCAUUUUGUUUGGAGUUACAUAAUCAGAGUGUGAAAGCCAUGAGAUAUCCCCCAAAGUCUUAUGGCAAAGAAUUGGAAAGUGCUGAAGAAAGAAGAGAGAGAGAGCAGCAAGAUUUAGAGCUGGCCAAGGAAAUGGCUGAAGAGGAUGAUGAUGGUUUCCCUUAA